UAAUUUAACUACCAAAGUCAUGUGACGUAUGAUGGCGGCGCGCAUGAAAUGUUAUUAACAGGCAACAUAUGAGUGGCACAACAGCGGGAGCGUUGACUCAACAUUACACCUUGAACACGAUGGCCGAAGAUCAGGCUCGAGCUGGUGAAGAAUAUAAGCUGGAGAGAAACUCUGAGCUUCGCUUUGAGGUGGACUCUAAAUCUUCCGUUCAGCUGGAGAUGGUAGAAGGAAUGGGAGAGGUAUUUGGCUCAGAGCUUGCCAAAAACAAAACUUACAAUUUUCUGCCUGGAUCUAAAGUGGCUGUUUUCUCCUUCCAUGGUUGUGUCAUCAAGAUACGGGGAAAAACAGAGGUUGCUUAUAUCUCUAAAGAAACUCCCAUGACCAUGUACCUCAACACACAUGCAGCAAUGGAGCAAAUGAGGCAGAAAGCUGACAUGGAAGGAACACGUGGGCCACGGGUGUUAGUGGUCGGACCAACAGAUGUUGGCAAGAGUACAGUGUGCCGUUUGCUCAUCAAUUAUGCUGUCAGGAUGGGCAGAUCACCUGUUUUGGCUGACUUAGAUGUUGGACAGGGUCAAAUAGGAAUUCCUGGCACAAUAGGUGCUCUUGUGAUGGAGAGGGCUGCAGAUGUUGAAGAGGGCUAUAUGCAAACAGCCCCGCUCGUCUUUCAUUUUGGCCACAAAAGUCCAGCUGACAAUAUCACUCUUUUUAACAUCUUGACCUCAAGACUAGCAGAGGUCAUCAAUGUACGCAGUGAGCAGAGUCACAGGGUCAACACCAGUGGGGUUAUCAUCAACACUGGUGGCUGGGUGAGAGGUACCGGAUAUGAUGCUAUAAAACAUGGUGCUGGGGCAUUUGAAGUGGAUGUGAUUCUGGUACUGGAUCAGGAACGGUUGUAUAAUCAGCUGAAAAGUGAUAUGCCAGACUUUGUCAAGAUAGUACUCUUGCCUAAAUCUGGUGGUGUGGUGGAGCGUUCUCAGCAUGCACGAGCAGAAGCUCGUGAUUCUCGAAUAAGAGAGUAUUUCUAUGGGAUCAGAAACACUUUGUUUCCUCACACAUUUGAUGUCAAGUUCAGUGACGUAAAAAUCUUUAAGAUUGGGGCACCGUCGCUUCCUGAAUCAUGUCUGCCAUUGGGAAUGAAGGCUCAAGACAACAAAACCAAGCUUAUUCCAGUCCUUCCAACUAUGACUCUUCUUCAUCACGUACUGAGUGUCAGCGCUGCCAACUCCCCAGAACAGAAUGUUGUAGAGACCAAUGUCCUUGGUUUUGUUAUAGUGACAGACAUGGAUAUGGAAAGAUCUCAAAUGACAGUAUUGGCACCUUCACCUCGACCCCUGCCCAAGUCUAUUCUUUUGGUGAUGGACAUCCAGUUUAUGGAUAUCAAAUGAAGCACAUAGAGCGCUGAAAUGUCACAAGUGGGAAGCACUUUGAAAAAGACUUUGGUAGUCACUGUAAGGCAAAUGAGUGUUUAUGGAGAACCACAUUGCCUUUUAAUUCAAGUAAAAGAUCAAGGUACUGCUGAUUAAGUGCUAUCAACUCUUUCAAGACAAAACAAGACAAUGCUAUUGCAAUAACUGUUUUUAACAAGAAGGCAGCAUAAGGAAUGAUGAAGGAUGUCUACAGUAAUGUAAAAAGAGCUUUUACCGUUGUUCUCAGGUGUUCUUCAUCAAGUGAAUGUUACAGCUGUGGAGAAGGGUACAGCUGUAAUGGUGUUAUUCUUUAAUUGUAUUUCAUUCUCUUAGCUUUGUCAAAAAGCUAACAAUGUUAUCAAUUGUGCUUGCUGAUGUGUGAGAAAAGUAACUUAUAAUGCAUACAUUAUAGUCUUUGUUGGAUACUAAUAAACAUAGUAGUAAGGAUGCUUGUAUCACACAGAAUCCCAGCAUAUUGCCAGGCUGUCUGUGCUUCACAUUACAAGCCCAUGCUUAUGGAAUACAGUUGAUAGGGAAAGGAUUUAAAAUAAUAGUUCUCUCUCUCUCUCAUUGUAAACAACCACCCACACGCAAAGCGUAUACACAUCUUGGGCAACACAGGACUACAGCAAGUGGUAUUUCUUGAAAUGACCAUCAUUUUGACUGGUUUAUUACUGAUCAUGGUUCGGGUCUUUGUGGCCAGAAUAAUGGUUUCUCCUGAUGUUAGUCUGGUCACUUCCAUUCCAUCUGGUUUCGCAUAACCCGAGAACUCUGAUGUUGUAUUUUCUCAUUUCUCUUGCCACCAGUCUAGAACAGUUCCAGCAGUAGAUAAACAGCUGUGGGGGAUGUUUUAUGUUUCUGAAAAAAAAAUGUAGAAAUUAAAAAUGUGUUAAUGAAAAGCAUGCUGGAUUUUAAUCUUAAUGAUUUGUUUGUAUGUGUUAAUAAACUGUUAAGCUUUUCUAUUUGCA